AUGAUUCUGGAAAACAAACGGAAACGAGUUCAAAAAGUCCGUAUUUGCCCAACGUGUCCGGAUUGUACUCAAGGAUCAGAAGAGAAGCCAGUUCAAAAGCCCGAAUCAUCCCAACCACAACCAGCAAUUGCGCAUCCAGCCGCUCAGGAAUCCCAAAAGCUCAGUGAGCAUCUUUCAAAAGUUCUAGAAGAGGAAUCUGAUUAUUUGAAAGACAAGGAAAAUCAAAAAGUCGAAGAGGAGGAGAUCGAAAAUUCAAGGGAUACUGUAGAAGAUUUCGAAACGAUGGGACGGAGCAGAAAUCGGAUAUUGGCUGAAAAAGCAGGGCCAUCAAAAAAUGAGGAUUUGAAUUCAAAGGAUACUGUUGAAAAUAUGGAAGACGAUGGAAUUAAAACCAAAUCACGAAGAAGCAAGAGAACGGAGAUGGCGACGAAGGAACAAGAGAAAGAAGAAGAUCCGACUGUUAGUGCUCAAAAUUCGAGAAUCAAGUCAACGAGUGGCGGAACAAGGGUCAAAAAAGCUAAAAUGGUCCCCCAACUUACCUGUUGCUCUGAAGUCGCCGAUCUUCAAUUCAGCACCUCCAACAGAAAAUGCCAAGCCGACCAAGAUUGCCGAAUCAAAGCUAUGGAGCCAUAUAUGGUGGAAAAGAAGAUUCAAGGAUCUAUCGAAAUCAAUUACUGCGUUGAAUGCUUCUCAAAAGCCACUGAUCUUGAUAAGAAGAAAUGGAAGAGGAUGAUUAAUGUGAAUGAGAAGAUUGAGAAGGUUCUCAGCUGCCAGGAAUGUGGAAUGCUCUGGCAUGAGCAAUGCUCCUUCUACUAUGAUGAUCCAGAAGAGUUUAUCUGUAGAUCUUGUGAUUCGGAUGCUUAUCAGACUGUGCUAACUGAUAAGACAAGGACCAGAGACUCGGAUUUUAUGGAGAGAACGUUGAAUGAGUUUUUGGAUUCAAAGCUUGGCGGAGACCCUCAGAAGAAGCCACAAAAAAUCUCUGUAAGAAUUGUUAGAGCUCAAUCAGAUGUGGAUACGAUAAAUCUGGCACCUGGAAUGUUCUCAAACGAGUUUCUGAAGAAGUACAAAGACAAGGUCCAGCGAAGUGUCCGAACAAUUUUUGUGUUUCAAAGACAGAAGGGAAUCGAGCAGUUGUUCUUCAUCAUCUUCACUUCUGAGUACCCAAACCAUGGAGAUGGCCCAUCAUGGUUCGUAUUGGAUUACCUGGAUAGUGUCCAACAUUUCCAACCACACAGCUUCAAAACCGAGGUGUACAAUGAAAUUGUACUAACCUAUUUUGAUUGGAUGAGGCGGACUGGAUUCCUGAAGGGAUACAUUUGGGUGGAUCCCCCACAACCUGGAGAUGACUACCUACUAAAUAUCCACCCACCCCAGCAGAAGUACCCGGGACCCGAACGCCUUCAGAAUUGGUAUUCGAAUGUGUUGGCAAAAGGAAGGACUCGAGGACUGGUGAGAGAAUUCCGAGAUUUUGGAGCAGAGAAGAAGCUAAGGAAGUUCAAAAAGCCAACGGAUCUUCCAUUCUUCCAUGCGAGCCUCUGGACGAAUCUUAUGGCACUUUAUUCGGAUGAUAUGGAGGAGAAGAGGAUUCCGAAAAGCAAGUUUUGGACAUUGAUGGCUCCAGAAUUCAAAGGGCAUGUGAAGGACAACAUUUUUAUUGAGCUCACGGAGCCUAGAGAUUCGGAGAAGACCCAAGAGGACAAUAGGACAAGAAUCAGCCAAGAUUGCCUGUCUGAUGGCUCUGAAUUUUUGUACACGCUGCAAGAGCACGAUUUUGAAUUUGGAGAAUCUAGAAGAGCGUUGUAUGCAUCUGUUGGAGUGGUUAGAAUGAUCGAAUCGUGA